GUUUGUUUUUAACCUCAACCGUCAAAAUUGUACUUUCCAUUUGUCACAGCAAAAUGCGAAAUUUGUUUUACACAGAUAUAAAUUUUACCGUUUGGUAUACAGCCACCAUAAAAAAUAUUUCAGCCAACUCAACACAGAGGCACCGUAGUUAAUUUUUUUAUCCCAACUCAACACAGAGAUAAAAGUUAUCGAUGGUCACACUGUCUAAUUUAGCAAGCCAAUCUAAGAUAAAAAAAAUAUUGAAAUGGCAACACAAAGUUAAUUGACAGCUGUGCUAACCGCUUAUAACAAAUUAUUUGCCAGCUAUAACAAAAAGUGGGAAGUAAAUAAAAGUUGUGAUGUAGCAGAGUUAUUGAAUAUAAAUGUUCGCGCUAAGAUUACAUAUAAAACUUUCGAUAUAAAGUUUCCAAAAAUUUUACGGAAAAAUUAAUAUCUUUAUUAUUGAGUAGCAACGUUAUUUCAACCUAUGGCGGACGUUCUUGAUGUUAUAAAAAUUUAUUUUCCAUAUGUUUUAAAAUGCAUGUUAUAGUAAGUUGAUAAAUUCAUUUGGGCAGAUCAAAACCACAAUAUUUAAAACAUGUAAGGCUGUUAGCAUAUAAUUUUAAAAAUAGCAUUCAAACAAUUUUAUAACGUUGUGACGUGGUUACUAAUUGCAAGAAAAACAAUUUUAAAAAAUCUUUAUACACUUAAUUUAUUCAAUAUGAACGUUCAAAGUGUUUUUGCAAACCGACAGUCUUAAUGUAACCAAAAAUAAUUCGUAUUAAGACUGAAUGGAAAAGAACACUGGUAUAUAAGAUUUUGAUUAAAUAGCUCUUAUUAAAACAAGUCGUAGUAUCACAAUCCAACAUGAAUACAAAAAACAUUUCAAUAUUUUCAAAUCACAAUGUGGUUGUGCUUAGUAUAUUAGCCUUGAUCAGCUUUGUUGCUUUGACCUUAAGUGAAAGUAUACCAACUCAAAAUAUGUCCCGGAAGGAACGCGACGAAUUGAGGUAUGAAGCAAGGGACAUGUUUUAUCAUGCAUAUCGGGCAUAUAUGGACAAUGCCUAUCCUGCCGAUGAAUUAAUGCCACUUUCCUGCAAAGGUAGAUAUCGAGGUGUUACGCCUUCCCGAGGCGACAUGGAUGACAUUUUGGGAAAUUUUUCAAUGACUCUUGUUGAUUCCAUUGACACGUUGGUAUUGCUUGAAGAUUUCGAUGAAUUCGAACGAGCCGUUCGGUUAGUAAUUCAAGAUGUACAAUUCGAUAGCGAUAUAAUAGUUUCCGUUUUUGAAACAAAUAUACGCAUGGUGGGUGGCUUACUUUCGGCACAUGUUUUGACGGAGUACAUCCAAAAAAGUCGUGGUAUAAUGAUAUGGUACAGCGGAGAAAUGUUGGAAAUGGCGCGUGAUUUAGGUUAUCGCUUACUCCCAGCUUUUAACACAUCAACAGGAAUACCACAUGCUCGAGUCAAUCUGCGUCAUGGCAUGAAAGAUGAGCAGUUGAAAAAGUCACGUGAAACAUGUACAGCAUGCGCGGGAACUAUUUUAUUGGAAUUCGCGGCUUUAUCACGUUUGUCUGGUGAUCCUGUAUUUGAAGCACGUGCUCAUAAAGCUAUGGAUGCGCUUUGGAAGCUACGGCACAGGGGAUCUGAUCUAAUGGGAACCGUGCUAAACAUUCAUUCGGGAGAUUGGGUACGUCGUGAUUCAGGUGUAGGAGCCGGUAUUGAUUCAUACUAUGAAUACUUAUUUAAAUCUUACGUUCUACUUGGUGAUGAUAAAUAUUUGGCUCGCUUUAACCGUCAUUACAAUGCAGUAAUGAAAUAUGUUAGCGAAGGGCCAAUGCUUUUGGAUGUACUCAUGCAUAGGCCUCACGCAAAGUCACGCAACUUCAUGGAUUCAUUACUUGCUUUUUGGCCUGGUCUCCAAGUUCUAUCUGGAGACAUUAAACCAGCUGUUCAAACACACGAAAUGCUUUAUCAAGUAAUGCAAAUGCACACAUUCAUACCAGAAGCUUUCACUGUCGAUUUUCAAAUUCACUGGGGACAACACCACCUUCGGCCCGAGUUUAUAGAAUCAACAUAUUUUCUUUUCCGAGCUACUGGUGAUCACCAUUACCUCCAAGUGGGUAAAAAGGCAUUAAAAACCCUUCAGAAAUAUGCAAAGGUUCCAUGUGGGUAUGCUGCUGUAAACGACGUUCGCACUGGAAAACAUGAAGAUCGCAUGGACUCUUUUGUACUCUCGGAAACAUUUAAAUAUCUGUAUUUGUUAUUUUCGGAGCCACAUGAUUUACUAGUUAAUGUCGACGAAUUUGUUUUCACUACAGAGGCACAUCUGCUACCACUAACUAUCGCACAGCUCGGGAACACAACUUUCAGCUUUAGGCAAACUGAUGAACAUAACGUUCUGGAUUUUAUGCGAACUUGUCCCAAGUCCAAUAAACUUUUUCCAGAAAAAGUUCGGAAGCCACUGCGCAAUUUUAUUACAGGUUCCUGUCCCCGGGUACCUACCGGGAAGCGAUUACGUGCUUUGGAUUUUCAAGCAAGUAAUGCAGACCAUUUGCGGGCUAUUUACGACAUGGGCAUAACAAUGGUGUCUUUAGGUGAUGGCAAGGUGCGCCUCUUUCAUAGUUUUUAUAACGCCAAAAGUCCUGAUGAUGGAGAAAUGGGUUUACUGUUUAUGCAAGAAAUGCUGGAGCUGACCAAAAUACAAAAUAUGAAUCAACUGGCACAACUUCAGGCAGUUGCAUAUUCCUUAAAUGAUAAAUCCAAUGAUUGGAGUGCUUUGAUGGCUGGUCCAUCACAUUUCAGUCCAGAAUUAAUGGGAGAUCGAUUUGUCGAAGGUGAAUUGAUUUUAGCAACACCUUUUCGGGCAUGUGAGGAACCCUCAAACAAAGCUGAAAUAAGCGGCAAAAUUCUAAUUGCCGAAAGAGGAGAUUGUACAUUUGUUAGUAAAGCGCGUCUGGCCCAAGCAACGGGUGCCCUUGCAUUAAUUGUUUGUGAUAAUGUACCGGGAUCUUCCGGGGAGACGCAACCAAUGUUCGCAAUGUCUGGAGAUGGAACUAACGAUGUCACGAUACCAGUUGUAUUUAUGUAUUCACAAGAGUUCAAUAAACUGUCUAACAUUAUGAAAGAAAAACCAAAAGUAAUCGUGAGAAUUAUGCAAAUGAUCGAGUUUAAACGUUGGCAGCUCGCAAGGGAUUCGACAAAAACGACAACAAAAAACUACCAAAUGACAAUUAACACUAAAAUAUCAAAAGCUACAUCUACUAAGAAUGAUGUUGCUGAGAGAACAGAAGAAUCAGACAACAUUAAAGAAGAUCUAUAGUGUUUAUUAACUUAAAUUCUUAAUACAAAAAUUAUUAAAAAAAUUAUUCGAAAAGCUUGUAUAUAUGUAGUUGUUUAAUAUAUAAAUAUCAUUUUUUGGAGGAAGUCGAAAAAUUCUUAAAAUAAAUAAAACUAUUCCUUUUUUAAAUCCAAAGUAUACAAUUAAAAAGAAGAGAAAUUAAACCGUUUUUCAGUCAAAACACAAACUCUUUUUGUUUGAGGUCAGAGUAAUUAUUAUAAAUAUACGUACGAAGCAUAUUAUGCAAUAGCGAAUUGUAUAUAUAUAUAAUAUUAAUGAAGGAUUAUUGUUUUUUUCUAAAUUAUAUAUUGUAAUUAAAAAUAGUUAAUCAGUAGAAUUGUAAAUUUUUUAAGGUUUAAGUAACUCCUCACGAACUUCGUAUAAAUAAUAACGGUGUGAUAACAUGCAUAUUGGGGUCCUAAAUAAUUUUAAAGUAUAAUGUCGUUUAAAAUAUUUCAAUCGAAAUGAAAUGUAAUUAUUUAUAAUAUAAAUACUAUUAAGUAUCUUUCAUAUACGAGAAAGUAACUAAAUUAAAUUUUUGUAUAGAACAAUAAAGUUUAUAUUUGUUUAAUUUAA